AUGAAGCUCAAGAGCAGCGGCAGGGAGGAGCUGCGCUACAAGGCGCCCACCGGACGAUCCUAUAUCUCUCUCCACACCGCCUGUCAGGCCUUCAUGGCGAAGGCCUCGGCUUCCAACGGCAACAAGAUUGAUGGACGGGUGCAUGCGACUCCUGCCACCGUGCUGCGUGCUGUGCGUCCAACGGGCAAGAAAAGGGAACUGUCCGAACUGAUCGGCGACGACGCCGUGAAGGACGUGACAAUGAAUAGAUGCACCACCAUCAGGAAGAAGGAGAUGGUGCGCGCCGAUGGCACCCAGGUGACGAAGAAAUCCAUCACCACGACCACCCUGACCAGGAGCAGGAGGGAGGACCAAGCGCCGGUCCUGCGGCCCAACAGCACGGGCACGGGCACGGCAUCGGUGUGCCAGCCACAGCAUCGCUCGCGGACGCUCCUGUCCGUGCUCAUCGACAGCGGCAUCCUGGCGCCGAGGGGCAAUGUGACGUACUGGGCGGUGAGGGACGGUCAACCGGCGUGCAAGUACGGGUUCAUCACCGGCGAGGGGAUCAUCAGAUGCAAGUGCUGCAACAAGACCUUCACGGUGGCGGAGUUGGAGGCGCACGCCACCGGGGGGAUCGGCACCGACGACCGCCGUGAGGCCUGGGCACGUGUGUUCGUCGAGGAUGGCAGGUCCCUGUCGCUGUGCUUGAUGGAGCUCAUGAGGCGCGACGACGUCGGCGCUGCUGCGGCUAACAGGAACAGGAAUGGCAGCGUGAUGAGGGUGAAGGAGAAAUGCAGCGAGGAGGAGGGCGACUCAGUGUGCUCCGUCUGCAUCGACAGCGGAGAGCUGCUGCUCUGUGACAAGUGCCCGUCGGCGUUCCACCACGCCUGCGUUGGGCUGCAGGCCACUCCGGAGGGCGACUGGUGCUGCCCGUUGUGCAGAUGCGGCGUGUGCGGCGGCAGCGACUUGGAUGAUGAUACCGCUGAGGGGUUCACGGACAAGACAAUCAUCUACUGCGAGCAAUGCGAGCGAGAAUAUCAUGUGGGAUGCAUGAGACGAGGAGGUUCCGAGGAAGAAAGCGCAGCGGAGUGGUGCCGCCGACUAUCAGAAUCAGAGGGACCAGAAGAAGAAUGGCGGCCGUGGCUUUGCAGUCCUGAAUGUGGCGAGGUGUUUCAGCAUCUGCAAGCCCUUGUUGCGUCGUCCAGGGCAAGAUCCAUCCCCACUACAGUAGAGGGCGUAUCACUCAGCACCCUGCGGCGGCGGCGGUACAUGUCCACGGUCACACGAAUCACGAGAUGGCAGCAUGAGGAGGAGGACGCCGCAGAUCACGGGCAGUUGUGCGCGGCUUUGGACGUGCUCCACGAGUGCUUCGACGACAUGGUGGAGCCCCGCACGCAGACUGACCUCGCCGCCGACAUCGUCUUCAACCAAGAGUCGGGUCUGCGCCGCCUCAACUUCCGCGGGUACUACGUGGUGGGCCUGGAGAAAGCCGGCGAGCUCAUCAACGUGGGCACGCUGCGGGUGUUUGGGAACCAGGUGGCGGAGCUGCCUCUGGUGGGUACUCGCUUCGCGCACCGACGGCAGGGGAUGUGCCGCCUCCUCGUGACGGAGCUGGAGAAGAUGCUCCGUCAGGUGGGCGUCCGCAGGCUGGUGCUGCCCGCCGUGCCGGAGCUGAUGCCCAUGUGGACCGCCUCCCUGGGCUUCCACGCCAUGACCCGCUCGGACGUGAUGGAGAUGGCCGUAGAGCACGCCAUCCUGAGCUUCAAGGGAACCACCAUGUGCCAAAAGACUCUGCUUGCUUAG